UUACUUCGAAAUGGUGACUGCGGGAGGUUUAGCGUAAUACUUCACACGCGACGAAACCUGGACUUACGGAUCUCACCUUUGCGUUCAGGUGUCAAAGUAAAGGUGUUUAUACCUCUCUUCUCCCGCGUGUGUCCUGUCUCCGGCGUAUCUUAACUUACUGUGCUUAAGUUUUGUGUAGUAUUAUAUUGUUUUUGUUUGGCGGUGUUUGUGCUCAGAUGACGGCACAGGUAGACUACCUGGUGGUGGUUUUCACCGCCACAUCUGGCGCGAGCGGAGAGCUGCUGGGAUCUGACGAGAAGGAGCUCGUGCAGUUGGUUUGGCAGCUGGUGGAUGUAAAGAACAAAACGUUGGGCAGGGUGCAUGAGCUCCUUAUUAAGCCUGACCUCUCAGACUUGACAGAGGAAAAAGAGGAGGAGGAUGUGGUGGAAGAAAGCGUUGAAGAGCCUAAUGGAUCCGGAGCAGAUUGUUCCUCUACAGCUGCAAGUCUUGAGGAGGCGUUAAACCUGUUUCAUUUACAACUGACAAACGACGUGAACAGUGCGGGCGCAGGCACGUCAGUGUGUUUGUGUACAGACGGGCAGCUCCACAUCCGCCAAGUGAUUCACCCUGAGGCCGCGAGCAAGAACAUCCUGGUGCCAGACAGUUUCUACUCUUUCUUUGACCUUCGGAAAGAGUUCAAGAAGAACUUCCCCACAUCUGACCUCAAAACUUUGAAUGUAUACAACAUGUCAGAGUCUCUUAGUAUACCUGUUGAUGUGCCCCCCAUGUGGGAUCCCUCAGCAUCUCCUGAUCCAUCAGCCAUAUUGCCUGCAGAAAUAGCAGUACAGCAGGUCCAGAUAAUGACCAGCAUUGUCCUUGCGUUGCUUUCUGAGCCAUUCUGUCACACGUUUUCUAACUCUGAGAGAGUUAAUGAGAAGUUUGAGUCUGGAACUUGCAGUAAGAUGGAGAAAGUGUGCGACAACACGGUGAUCAGAGCCAGAGGGUUGCCAUGGCAGUCUUCUGACCAGGAUAUUGCUCGAUUCUUCAGAGGACUCAACAUCGCCAAAGGAGGGGCCGCACUGUGUCUUAACGCUCAGGGGAGGAGGAACGGAGAAGCUCUUGUUCGUUUUGUUAGUGAAGAACACAGAGACCUGGCGCUGCAGAGGCACAAACACCACAUGGGCAACAGAUACAUAGAGGUUUACAAAGCAACAGGAGAGGACUUCUUGAAGAUAGCUGGAGGUACCUCAAAUGAGGUGGCGAUGUUCCUAUCCCGUGAGGAUCAGAUCAUAGUGAGGAUGCGAGGUCUUCCUUUCUCCGCCACACCUGAGCAGGUGCUCGCCUUCUUCUCCCCUGGAGAUGGUCUUAAAGAGACGUGUCCAGUCAGUGGAGGGAAGGAUGGCAUCCUAUUUGUUCACUACCCGGACGGGCGCCCUACGGGCGAUGCCUUUGUUUUAUUUGCCUGUGAGGAACACGCCCAGUGUGCUCUGAGGAAACACAAGGAAAUCCUGGGGAGAAGAUAUAUUGAGCUAUUUAAGAGUACAGCAGCAGAAGUCCAACAGGUGUUGAACCGGUACUCAUCAGCCCCUCUGAUCCCCGUGGCCCCUGCCCCCUUGGUGUCAGUGCUACCCGCGGUGUCACUCCUUCCCCCUCCUGGUGGUUUAAGGGACUGCCUGAGGCUGAGGGGGCUGCCUUACACAGCGACUAUAGAGGAUAUCCUCACCUUCCUGGGCGAGUUUACACACGACAUCAGACCACAUGGUGUGCACAUGGUCCUCAACCAGCAGGGUCGUCCGUCAGGUGACUGCUUCAUCCAGAUGACCUCAGCAGAGCGGGCGCUUCAGGCCUCACAGCGGCUCCACAAGCACGUGAUGUCCAGCCAGCGUGGUGCGAAUAGCCGCUAUGUGGAGGUGUUCCCAUGCAGCGCCGAGGAGAUGGGCCUGGUGCUGAUGGGAGGCUCGCUCUCACACACACAUACACACACACACACCCGGAGCAGGAGUGGGACAGGGCUCAGCCCGCCGCCAUGUAAGUCCAGACGUUUAUCCCCUCCAUCCUACUCCUUCACUCCUGCACAGCCUGUCUUGCCCACAGAGGCUGCUGCCCUCUACCCUCCCAUUGGUCAGGUGUUACUGGCCCCUCGCCCCCUGCCGCCAGGACACGCCUACUACCCCAGCACAGCUCAGCUAUACAUGAACUACACAGCCUACUAUCCCAGUCCACCUGGCUCACCUACCACCGUAGGUUUCUUCCCCUCCCCCUCCUCCCUCUCCUCCCCAGGGGGGUUGGUGCGCAUGCCAGGUUUGACCUACAACAGCAAUGGAGUCAAAGACCUCAUUAAUGCAGUGCAGGGAUACCAGUACGCCCCAGAGGAUGCUCUCGUGCACGCCCAUGGGCCUCUGCACGCUCACGACCCGACCAGGACAUUGCUUACGCAGCCCAAAGAAUGGAGUCCCGCAGAGUCUGUGUCUCUCCUGAGCAGCAGUCUGAUUGGUCAGUCCAGCGGAGGUGAUGCUCCUCUUAUGUCCCUCCCAGCUCUCAUGACCAAGCCGGCGGGACAGUACCUGGACCUGACCCUGCUGUAGGGUCACACAUUAUACAAAGGUCAUGUGACAGUGACUCGUAAUGUAUUGUUAGGUUUUUAAAAAUAGUCUUUUAGAUGUGUUAUUUAUAUCUUUAAGAACAGAAAUUAAUGUAUUUUAUACCAAAAUCAUUGUGGCCUUAGCCAAAAAUAGCAGUUUUGUCUUAUAUUGCACAGUGUGUAUUUUAAAAGCUUUAUAGAGAUUUUUUAACAUGUUAUGAUUUUAUUAUCGACUAUGAUAUAUUUGCUAGCCAAACUAGAAAAGAAAGACCUAGUAGCAACUGAGCUAAAUCUUUCCUUAAGCUUUUCUGUGAAGAGUGAAAGUGUGUGUGAGUGUGAAAAAGAUGAGAAUGAGUAUUAUGCAUGGCUGUGUUGAUACGUUUUAAUACUUAAUCUGUUUAUGCAAUAUAUUUUGUGUUUAUAUACAUUUGAUACAGUACAUAGUGAUUGUAUUGGAAGCUUUAGUGCAUGAAGAAGUUAGUAGUAAAACUUUAAGAUGUUUACAUAAUGCCAAAUAUCAAUGCACUGCUAAUCAAUAAGACUAUUAAUGAAUAUAAUAGCAGUAUCUCUGAAUGACAAUAUGUUACACUGUGAGGUUGUCAAGUAGUCCGGUCCUUGCAUCAGACUUCACUUACAAAAAUGUGACAUCUCACACCUCAUUAGCCCCCUCCUUUCGUCCUUUAGGCACCCUAUAUGGGUCCGUUUCUUUGUUGUGUAAUGCCAAUGUUGUCUUGCCUUUUGUUUUGGAGUAACACCUGAGCAGAGGACAGCCCCAGUUCUAGAAACCUAACCACAGGAUUGCAUUCUUCAGAAAUACUUGUGUCACAAGCUCUCACCUUACCGAGUGGAUAUCAGGAGCCAGAGGUGUUUCUGACAGAUUUUAUUAAUAUUUUGGUCAUAUAGGACCAACAGAGAUUCACCCCUUUGUUAUUUCCCCUCAUAACUAAAUCUUUUGGAGAGUAGCUAUGAGGGAGAAUAUUUUGUUUUGAUAUGUACCUUGUGGAUUUAAUUGCCAUUUGUAGCCCGAAAAGUUGCUGUUUGGGCUCCAUGUUGCUGUACGACGUCCUACAGUAGGACUUUAAACUCCAGCUCAGGACGUCCUGCUGCGGUAAUGCUGAAAAAACAAUAAACACAACGUGAAGUCU